CUUUCGCGGCCGCCGUAUGUCGUUGAUGACAACAAACAUGGCGUCCUCAAUGUCACUUGUCGGACUGGGACGCUUAUGUGUGAUCAAUGCGGCUUCUAAAAUGUUCAUGAGCCCCCUAAGGUCUACAAGCACGUCAACACAGAGGCUGGCAGAGAGAGCAGGACAAGACACGCAGCUUAUUACAGUUGAUGAGAAAUUGGACAUCAGCCCUGUGACCGGAGUGCCGGAGGAGCAUGUCAAAACACGCAAAGUUCACAUCUUUGUGCCCGCCAGAACAGCCAUGCAGUCUGGAGUCAACACCACCAAGAAGUGGAAGAUGGACUUUGACACCAGAGAGCGUUGGGAGAAUCCACUGAUGGGCUGGGCCUCAACUGCUGAUCCGUUAUCCAACAUGUUGCUCAGUUUCUCCUCCAAAGAAGACGCCAUUGCCUUUGCGGAGAAAAACGGUUGGAGCUACGAUAUCACAGAGAAACGGACCUCCAAGCCUCGCGUCAAAUCCUACGGAGCCAACUUCUCCUGGGAUAAGAGGACCCGAAGGUCUGCUAAGUAAACUCAAGACUCAUCCAUUAGUCGCUGUGACCUUCCAUUGUCCCGCAGCGGACCUGUACAAUUCCUGUCAAUAAAUGCUUAAUCACACGUUUAAACCAAAACCUUGCAGUCAUUAUCAC